CACUGACUGGCACUGUUAGGCGGCACUGAUUGGCAUUGAUAGGUGGCACUGAUAGGCGGCACUGAUUGGCAUUGAUAGGUGGCACUGAUGGGUGACACUGAAAGGCAGCUCAGAUGGGCACUUAUAUAUUGCAUUGUUGUAGCACUGAUGAGCACUGACACAAGGCACUGGUGGACACUGAUAGGUGGCACUGCUGGGGCUACACUGAUCAUCAGGGCACACUGAUCAUCAGUGCCCUGAUGAUCACUGUCAGCGUGACAGCUCGAGAGGAGAGAAAUACCGAUAAGCGGCAUUUCCCUGUUUACACGUAUCACAG